AUGUUUAGUCGCGACCGAAUGCGUGAGAAUCUGGCCAAAGCGCGAGUUACGGUGCGAGAUGGUGUCAAAACAUGCUUGAGACGGAACUUUACUGUACGGCAUAAGGCGCGAGAGCCGGAGAAGACGUUCGCGCUGUUUCUGGAGCUGCCGGCGGAGAUACGAGACAGGAUUUAUGAGCUUUGUGCAGAGAAUGAUAGGAAUAUUUUGGAGGAGCAUUUCGUCUCUGCGAAGCCGCCGCCGGAGCUGGCAAUUGCGUGUGCCUCGAGACAGUUACGAAAGGAGGCGUUACCGGUGUUCUAUCGACACUACAGAUUCCCAGUUACUUUCAGCUCUGGAGACUGGAUCAACAAAGGAUGUCUACCGCCUUCCAUGGAGUGGAAGGCUGCGAGAUGGUAUCAUCGGCUUGAUCCGGAGAAGUUACGAAUGAUUCGCAGAUUGGAGCUUUACUAUUGCUUUGGGAGGUUUCAGCUGGACUUUGACGCUAGAAGCAAUGGGUAUGAAGUGCGACAGACGGCUUGGGGGAGUAGGAGGAUGGUGGAUGUACGGCCGGUGGAGGAGAAGGAGCAGUUACUUGCGCUGGUUCGCAGUGUGGUCGAAGAUAUAUUGCAAGGACCAGGCGUUGGGAUGCUGACUGCGAGAGAUUUCGAUCAGCUGGAAUUGGAAGUGCUGCCGGAUACUGUGUACCAGAGGAAGGCUGUAUGA